AUGUCGCUCAAGCGCAAGGCAACAGACGCUGCCGCCACCGAGGCGAAGAAGCCAAAGGCCAAUGGCAGCAUCACGGCCUUCUUUGGCCCGCCCAAGCCCGUCGUGUCCGCCGAUAAUGCCGCCAUCAAGCCGACUGCCAAGUUCGACAAAGACGCGUGGGCUGCGAAGCUCACUGAUGAGCAGAAGGAGCUGUUGAAGCUCGAAAUCGAAACUUUACACGAGAGCUGGCUGCUUCAUCUCAAGGAUGAGAUUACCUCCCCAGAGUUUCUCAACCUCAAGCGCUUUAUCCAGAAGGAGAAGGAGGCCGGGAAGAAGAUCUUUCCGCCGGAAGCUGACGUGUACUCAUGGUCUCGCCACACUCCUCUCAACACCGUCAAGGCUGUCAUCCUAGGCCAAGACCCCUACCACAACUACAACCAAGCCCAUGGUCUCUGCUUCUCCGUCCGGCCCCCUACUCCGGCCCCGCCGUCUCUCAAGAACAUAUAUACUGCGCUCAAGAAACAAUAUCCCGACUUCGAGGCGCCUCCAAAGAACGGCGGGCUGUUGACCCCAUGGGCGGACCGUGGUGUGCUGCUCCUGAACGCAUGCUUGACUGUGCGUGCGCAUGAAGCCAACAGCCACAGCCAAAAGGGCUGGGAACGCUUCACGCAAAAGGUCAUCGACACGGUAAACCGCGUGCGUACGAAUGGCGUCGUGUUCUUGGCAUGGGGCACCCCGGCGCAGAACAGGUGCAGGAGUGUGAACGGUCAACGGCACCUGGUAUUGAAGAGCGUUCAUCCGAGCCCGCUGAGCGCUCACAAAGGAUUUUUUGAUAACGAACACUUCAAGAAGGCCAAUGAGUGGCUGACGCAACGUUACGGCGAGGAGAAUGGCCCCAUUGACUGGAGCCUUGGCAUUCCCGCAGAGGAAGCAGGCGUCUGA